AUGGAUUCUGUUAAGAGCAAGAAAUCUAAGGACAGUAUGGUGAAAACUCCAAAAUCGGCUAAGAAAAAUGAACCUGCCAAAACACCAGUCUCCAAGAUUGUCCCAUUGAAGGACACACCACGACCUGUCUUGUCUAACAAGAAACAGAAUGGCCUUCAGGCAGGUACUCCCAAUAAAAAAGGAAAUGCCACUCCUGGUAACAAAAAGACCCCAAAAUCUGAAUCCAAGAAAAAACAAAAAACACCAGCAAAGAAGGAGGAGGAGGAGGAAGAUGAUGAUGAUGAGGAUUCAGAGAUUGAAUUCAAUAGUGAACUAAUGAAGAAAUUAGAAGACAUGUCUGAUUCUGAUGAGGAUGAUGAUGAGGAAAUGGAUGAGGACGACGACGAUGAUGAUGAUGAGGAAAUGGACGAUGAUGACGACGAUGAGUCACUUGAUGAGGAAGAAUUGAAACAACUGAUCAAGUCUCUUAAGGAAAAAGAAAAAAAAUCUGAUAAGAAAGAAACGGCAGCCAAAAAGACACCAGCAGCCAAAGAACAAGCUACAAAGAAAGGCAAAGCAACGCCAGCUGCCACAUCUGAAGCCCCCACUUCUAAAAAAGGUCAGAAGGAAACCAAAAAGUCUCCAACUAAAAAAGAAAAAGUCGUCCCAAAAGAGUUGCCUAAAAAGGAUAAACAAACUGCUGUAAAAGCUUCAACUGCUCCACUCGACAAAGAUGAGCAAAUGAAGUUAGUCAAUGAAAGGGAUCAGCGAACUUUAUUUCUUAAGGACUUACCAAUUGAAAUCCAGGAAGACACUCUCAUGAAAUUGUCAAAAGAUAUUCAGAGCGUUCGCAUUCGGAAACGGAUUCGGAGGGAUCCCAAGAAAACUGCAUGUUACGCAUUUUUGGAAUUUGAAAAUGAGGCUGCUGCUGAAAAGAAUUUUAAAUCGCUGAGUGAGACAGUAUUGAAAGGUAAACCACUGACAGUUGACUAUACAGGCAAAAAGAGUCUUCACCGGCCAAAAGAACCAAAAAUCAUCAAGGAGUUGGAUCCCAAGAAAUUGUACAUCACUGGAUUUCCAUACACAACAACAGAAAUUGAACUAAGACAGUUGUUCCCAAAAGCAGAUUCUUUGGUUAUGCCAAUCAAACGGAACACGCAAAGGCCACUAGGGUUUGCCUUUGUCAAAUUUGAAGAUGCUGAUGUCUGUGCUGAAGUAAUGAAGCAGAUGAAUGGAAAAUCGUUCAAAGGUGGCAAACUGGUUGUUCUUUAUGCCAACUUAGUAACGGACAGUCAAAUCUCAAAAGGAACUAAAAGAAAGACAGAAACCGCACCAGGUAAAGCCAAGAAAAUAAAACUUGAAAAAAAAAAUGAGGAUGAAGACGACGAAGAUGACGAUGAUGAUGAUGACGAUGAUGAUGAGGAAGACGAUGAUGACGAAGAUGACGACGACGAUGAUGAUGAUGAGGAAGACGAUGACGAAGAUGACGACGAUGAUGAUGAUGAUGAUGAGGAUGAUGAAGAAGAAUAA